AUGUAUUGCAUGCGUUGGUUUAUUCCUUUAUUAUUACUCCCUUUUCCUAAUGCUCCACCAUUCUUUGUUCUGACCUUUCUAGUAUCAUAUUUCUUACAUCAAAGACCAUGUACGUGUUACUGGGGUCAAGGACGUUGUUGGCUGGAUACGAAUCACGGUCAUUUUUUAGAGCCAAGAACGAUUCAUUCUUUAACUUCAUCUAAUGAAAUUGCAAGUGGAAAUUUAUUAGAAAAAUCUGGAAUGACAGCUUAA